ACUACCGUUGUCCCUGGUGGAACAACACUCGGGAAUGAAGCAAGUGAAAGAUUGUGCCGUAAUGAUUGUCUAAGAAAAAAAGUUAGUAAUCUCUGAGCCUCUAUAAAUGUAAGGAAGGAACGUUAAUAGAUGUCACCAAAACUCCUAGACUGAUUUCUUGGGUUUAUGUUUCUAGAUGGACGGUGCAGCAGGACGUCGCGACAACGUCGACGAUGCGAGGAACGACAUUCAAGAAUUGGCACGAGUCAUCCGGCAGUCGCAGCGAGAGCCCUACCCCAAGAUUGAUGUUCCAUUGUUCGAUGAGAAUCAUGCCUCUUCUUGGGCAGACAAGCUUGAGCAACUCGGGUAUAGCAACGAAUGGACGGAUGAGAAGAUGCUUCGCAUGGUUAAGAGGUACUGUCAGGUGGAGUACCGAGAUGAGAUCGAUGAGCUGGUGCGAAUCUCCCGUAAUUGGCCAGAUUUUAAGGCGCGGUUGCUGGAGAAGUACCAGCUCAGCGAUCGGUUACUCGACCUGCGAGAUUUGAGGGCGGUGGAUCAUCGAUGCCUCAUCUUCCUUGAUAACUUCAACGACGUCGAACAGUCGAAGUUGGUUGAAGGGAUGCAAGGGAGGUGUGACUGGACUAAGGUCCGAGAAAAUGUGCUGGUGGGGAAAUUCGACGAUAUCCUCUACCGGCUGUUGAGGCAAGAAAAGGAGGAACGGGAGAAGGUGAAGAUGGGAGAGGUAAAGGACGGUGAGAUCUAUAAAACUUUGACCUGCAUGAGAGAAAUUAUGGAAGGCAUGAAAGAGGAAAGGCUGAAGUUUCAAGUCAUGCUGGCCAAAGAGAAAAAUAGUAAGAGGAAGGGGAAAGAGCCGGUGGUAGAGGAAAGUGAUAGUGAGAGCGAGGAGGAAAAGGAGCCGCCUCAAAAUGGUCAUAUUAUGCGGGUUUGCCAACUCCUGUCAAGAGAUGAGAAGGAAGGAAUUGUGUUCCCCACGAUACGCGGUGAAGUCUUUGAUUACGAAGGGAAUUCAAUCGACCCCAACAUUGAAGGGGGUAUGAGGAAGGAGGCGUUUCGCCGAAUGGGUCGUCCCCUGCCGGCGACGUUCCGGAUUGCUUCUCCUGAAGAAGCGCAGUUGGCCGAGGUCGAGGAGGUCAUGGCUUCGUUACAUAUUGAUGACUCGUCGACGGAACCAGAAGGGUUUAGGGAGCAAGUGGUGGAACGAGCACAAACCAUCACGAGGCGGCUUGCCCGAUGCUGGGACUCUAUCGUCCGACUUUGCGUGGACAUGGAGAAAGUCUGGCCUGGAUUGCCGAAUGUCUGUCUCUUCGGCGAAUGGGGUGAUAAAAGGGAAGAUGCGUCUGGCCAAGCAGGGACGUCUGCUCCGAGAGAAACAUCACAAACUGGGCCAAUGCGCGACUUGGUCACGCUGAAGGAAAUUUUGGCGGUAUCACCGAAGAUUCGAGAAAAGUUUAAACAGCGGAUGACUCGUAAGAGAGUCAUGACUGUUAAGCUCGGCGAAGUCAUUCCGCUGGAGGCUAACUGGUCCCCGCCUGGGACAAAGAUGGAUUGGCGAAUUGUGUCGACCGGCCAUAUGAAGGUCCAGAUUGGACAGGAGGAGUACUCGUCACUUGUGGAUGAUGGAGCCGAGAUAAACAUCAUUCGUGAGCGUCAUGCCAUGAAAGCUGGGUUGAAGAUCAAUCGAGAUGACUAUGGGUUUUUGGUGGGAGCUAGUGGAUCAACUCCAUUUUGCGGAACAGCCAGUGGCGUUCUCGUCACGAUCGGAAAGGUUAAGGUCCGUUCGUAUUUCUACGUGUUACCUAGAGUGGAACACGAGGUGCUUCUGGGAAGGGCAUUCCUAUGUCGAUCGGAGAGCAUCAUCAUUAACAAGCAUGAUGRMAYCAUGUUUGUAAUCCUUUGUGAUCCUGUCUGCGGUYAUUACGAAGUGGUCMAGUGUGCGAACACWGGACCCUAUUGCUCGCGGAACCGUCUGAACCCGGAAUCCUAUAGCUUCCCGGAGUUAGAAAAGUUGAGACGGGAGAAGGAAUCGUUAGGGGAGGAGCCGAAUGCUCGUGAGUUCUCGCUGACCCUGCCUGAUAUUGGGAAGGCAAUCGAUUUUGUGUCGACACAUGCGGCGAUUGAUCCAAAUGUGGUGCAAGCCUUGAUGGAAGUCAUCACGGACACUGGAAGCGUAGGAACUAUGCGCCUCGUUUACUCCCCAUCGGAGGGGAAUAAGGGAGAAGAUCAGGAAUUGCCCUCCACCCGACGGGGUCCUUUUUUAGAGGACGCAGGCUUGACACCGGCGCCAAACGUAAAGGCGGAUCAGGUGGAAGAAUCAGUUCCGGCCGAUGCCUUUCUGAAGGAAGAGGAGGCGCGAUUGAGUAUUAACACUCUUGCCUACCUGACUGAUGCAGCCACUCGGCAUGGGAAAUCGAUAUGGAAUGCUCCUGCCUUUCACGAGGUACGUCCAGAACUCGUGGUGGAGGAACCUUUCAUCGAAGAGGAUCCAUGGGGCGAGCAGACCGCAGAGGAAAUGAUGAGGCUGGCUUUGACUGGUGACAUCGACCUUAUGCUUGAUCCGCUAACGAUUGAACAGGGCCAUACGCGGGCUGAUGACGCUUUCCAGAUCGUUGGAAGGAUGUCAUAUAUCAUGAAUUUGUUGGUUCACGAGGAUCGCCUGAGGUUAAUGAAUGCGGAGGAAGGAGGCGGUGAGGUCAAAGAAGCGUUUAAGGAAAAAGAAUACGAAGGGGAAUGUAAGAAAAUAGGCAUGUGGUUGAAUGGGGAAUUGGACGAAAGUGAGGUUGAUCCAGUUGUGCGAGAGAAAAGCAAAGGAUUCGUUGUUCGUGACGGUCAUCUCUUUAAGAAGGUUCUUGAUGGUGUCCCAAAGAGGGUGGUAUGCGGGAUCUCUCGGCAGUUGGAUGUGAUUGUUGCCCUGCAUGAUGGGAUAGCCGGCGGACACAGAUCUGCGCGGGUAACUUUGAACAAGAUCCAACGUCUUUAUGUUUGGGAAGGGAUGAGCAAGAUGGUGAUUGACUUUUGUAAAUCUUGUUUCCCUUGCCAGCAGAGGUCUAACAUCCGCUAUCUCGAGCCCCUGAAUCCACGUUAUGUGGCAGAACCAGGUGUGGUGGGGCAUUUGGAUAUUUUGGUAAUGCCACCUAGGAUAAAUGGAUACAGAUACAUCUUUGAUGCACGGGACAAUUUGACUGGGUUCGUGGAUGGUCGUGCCAUUCGCGAACGUACUGGAUCAGUCUUGGCAGAGUGCAUUGAGGAAUAUUACCUCCGUUAUCCAUUUGUUCAAGAGAUUGUUAUGGAUCGAGGAUGCGAGUUUCGAGCAAAGGAGGUGCAAACGCUUUUAAAGAGACUUGGGGUUGGAUAAAGCCAACGGUGGAUUCCAGGUUCCAGGGAAAGACCCGCCGGAGGUUAAUUCUGGCCCCAUUCCAACUCGUGACUKAAUGAAAGUGCCUUCGAAGG